AUGAAGGUCGCCGCGAGCACUGUCAGGCCUCGGGCUGGUCUCCUCGUGCUCUUCCUCUGCCUCUGCCUGACUCUGUGGCUCGUCGAGGCUCGACCCAGCAAGCGAGCGCCCUCGAAAGAAUACGACUAUGUCGUCGUGGGCGCCGGCACCUCGGGCCUCACUCUUGCCGCUCGCCUCUCCGAGGAUCCAAGCGUGACGGUGGCGGUGCUCGAGGCUGGGAUCGACUACAAGUCCAACUUGCUCAACCAGCAGCUGACCACCAUCCCCGGUGCCGACGUGAUCGGCGCAGGAGCCAGCACGGCCGACAUCCCGCAGGCCUUGAUCGACUGGGGCUUCGUCACCGAGCCUCAGGCUGGCGCAGCGAACCGUCGGGUCCACUUUGCGCGCGGCAAGUGCCUCGGCGGCUCCUCGGCGCGCAACUUUAUGAUCUACCAGCGUCCGACCCGCCAGUCGCACCAGGAGUGGGUCGACCUGACGGGCGAUGACUCGUGGAGUUUCGAUGCGCGCUACGACGACUACCGCAGGACGAUGGCCGCCACGGGGCCGCGGCACGAGCUGCGCAGGGACACGCCGGCGGCCGCGUACGAGGCGGAUGCCUUUUCGCCCGCCGGGGGGCCUGUGCAGGUCAGCUUCCCCAACUACGCCCAGCCGUUUUCGGCGUCGCUGAGCCGCAGCCUCAACGAGCUCGGGGUCGAAACGGUGCGCGGGCACAACGGGGGCAGCAUCAACGGCGUUCAGUACGCCACCUGCACCAUCGAGGCGCGCGGUGGGCAGCGCUCGACGUCGCGCGCCUUCUACGACCAGAUCAAGGGCCGACCCAACAUCCGCAUCUUCACCCAGGCCCGUGCCAGCAGGAUCAUCUUUGACACGGGAGGAGCGCGACCGAGGGCCAGCCAGGUCGUGUUCGAGGACCGCUCGGGGCUGUUUGGCGUCCUCGCCGGCAGGGACGCCACCGUGACGGCCAGGAGGGAGGUGGUACUGAGCGCCGGCGCCUUCCAGAGCCCGCACCUGCUCAUGCUCUCCGGCAUCGGCCCGAAAGGGGAGCCGGCCAAGUUCGGCAUCCCUCUGGUCGUCGACUCGCCCCACGUCGGGCAGAACAUGGCCGACCACAUCUUCUUCGGGCCGAGCUACCCCGUCAAGGUCGAGACGCUGACCAGGCUCGCCUCGGAUCCCGUCUACCUGGCGGCCCAGUACCUCAACUUCACCCACCAGCUUGGGCCCAUGACCAACAACGUGGCCGACAUGAUCGCCUUCGAGCGCUGGUCGGACUCGACGCUGCGCUCGAUCGGAGCCGAUGCCCUCGCCUCUUACCCGCCCGACUGGCCCACGGUCGAGUACCUCUCCGCCCCGGGCUACGUCGGCAACUUUGACAACCUCUUUGUCGAAAACGCGCCCCGCGGCCUGCUGGGCACGCGCAACUUUGCCACGAUCCUCGUCGCCCUGGUCAGCCCGCAGUCGCGCGGCACCGUGACGCUGCGGAGCGGCAAGGCCAGCGACCUGCCCCGGAUCGACCCGCGCUGGCUGACGGACGUCACCGACCAAAAGGUGGCCAUCGCCGCGUUCAAGCGGGUCCGGGCGCUGUUCGCCUCCAGCGCCAUGGCGCCCAUCCUCGCGGGGCACGAGACCGAGCCGGGCCUCGACGGCGUCAGGACCGACGACCAGAUCCUCGCCUGGAUCCGCAAGAACCUCAUGACCGUCUGGCACCCGGCCUCGACCGCCCGCAUGGGCCGCAGCAUCGAUCGCGCCGUCGUCGACGCCCAGUUCCGCGUGUUUGGCGUCGACGGCCUGCGUGUCGUCGACGCCAGCGCCUUUCCCUCGCUCCUCCCCGGCCACCCGCAGAGCGUCUGCUACAUGAUCGCCGAGCGCGCCGCCGCCCUCAUCCUCGCCGACAAGUAG